AGUCUUGGUUUCAGUACCUUGAUUUGCCAGUUCAGCUCUGCUUGCACACCUCCACCCACCAACAGAAAAUGGCCUUCAAUGGAAGAUGGGAAACUGAGAGCCAGGAGGGAUAUGAUGCAUUCUGCAAGCUGCUUGGUAUCCCUGAUGACAUCAUUGAGAAGGGCCGUGACUACAAGCUGAUCACAGAGGUCACUGAGGAAGGCGAUAACUUCUCCUGGACCCAGAUCUAUCCAACAAACGCCAAGGUCACCAACAAGUUCACCAUCGGCAAGGAGUGCGACAUGGAGACUAUCGGAGGAAAGAAAUUCAAGGCUACUGUGCAAAUGGAGGGCGGCAAGCUGAACGUGGCCUUCCCCAACUACCACCACACCUCUGAGAUCUGCGGAGGAAAGCUCAUCGAGACCUCCAAAGCUGGUUCUGUAGUACUCAAGAGAACCAGCAAGAAGCUCUAAACGCUGACUGACCUUGGACCUUUUACAGUUACAAUGGAGAACUAUACUGCAAUUAAUAAACUACAAAUUUGAUAUUGACAUGAA